AUGUCUGGUGAAGGCCUUUUUGGACGCGUUAUCGGUACCGGUGUUGAUGCCGGCAUAGAUAUGCAGGCUGAUCGCGUCGCUGACGGUUUUAUAGCCAAACUCGAAAAUGAAUUUCUACCUGGAGGUGCCACUGGCACUAUCGGUCAAACUAUUGACACUGGCGUCAACAUGUUCAUCAACAACGAAAUCAAUCGUGAUGUCAAUCGUUUUGUUUAG